AUGCCGGAAACCAACAACAAUCCAGUCCGAUUCACAAGACUCGACUUGAGAUUGAACAUCAAAAACACUUGGGUUGCAGCAAAUAUGGUUUGGAAACAUCAGUUUUACAAAACUGGAUUCAAGCAACACUACUUGGAUGUUGUUCAGUCUGCGGUAUUCAUAUUGGAAAUCAAAGACUAUUAUGAAACUAGGGACUCGGCAGGUGUAGUAACAAAGCUGGUUAUUUAUUACAAAGAUUUGUCCAAGCUUGUCAAAAACAGCAAUCUACCAAAAAUGGGUCAUUAUGAACAAAAGUCUCGAGGUGCAACAGUGGAUAGUCUGUAG